AUGAACAUCAUGUCAUUUUUAGAUCUUAAAAGUUUGUGGCCUAGGAAAAUCAACUUGAAAAAUUUAGGCCACCGAGUUUUAUGGUCAAGAAAACACAUCGAGUGCAAAUUAGGUCAUCUUUGGACAAUCUCAAAAAACAAUUUAUCUCGGUACUUGAAAAAAAAAAACUACAAAGAGGUCAAGUUUGAGGGUUUAAACAGUUUAUUGAUAAAGAUUGAAAUGAGAUAA